AUGAGAGAGGCAAUGGCAUGGAUGAAAGAUGCCAAAGCCUCGAAGCUCAUGUUGCCCGCGGACGUGUAUGCUGCCAUAACUCCGAAUCGACUGCGUACCGAUGUGGCGCCCAGAGAGGCACUAGGCCGUGCAGGCCCCAAAGAGUGGUGGAACUUGGUCCGCCGCAUGCGCCAUGAAGGGCUUUGGGAAGGUCAGGUGCCAUGGCAACAAGUGCUGCACUGGCUGGAGCAGGCCUUCAAGUCUAAGUCCUUGGCGCCGGUGGAAGCCGUGGAGGAUGCCAUUCUUCGCUUGCAGAGAGCAGAUCAGCCGAACUUGGCCGCGCAGUGGUUGCAAGAUGCUGUUGGACGGCGCUUGCAGCCGCAGGCCAAUGUCUUCCGCGGCGUCAUCAUGCAAUGCUGUGAGGAUGGAGCUUCCCACACGGCUGAGAAGUUGGUCGAGAUGAUGGUGUCGCUGCGGCUUCCACCCAGCAGUGACAUCUACCGAGCACUUUGCACCUCCAAGGCAAUUCUCAACCAGAAAGCCGAGGUGCAGCGAUGGCUGCAAAUGCUCAAGGACGAGGAAAAGGACCUCGCGCCCUUUGCUUUGAUGUCUUGUAACUAUGCAGCGGAGGGGAAGACCAACGCUGAGGUCUGGUUGGACCGGGCCCGAACGGCCCAGCUGGAACCAGACCUGGAGUGCUACAACAAGGUACUGGCUGCACACGUACGCGCACCAAAGGGCUGUGCCAUGAAAUGGUCUUUGCCGAUGUCGCGAGCCAAAGCUGCUUGCAGGUGUUUUGAAGAUAUGAUCGCAAAGGCCUUGCAGCCCACGAGCGAGUCCUACAGGCCUUUGGUGCGUGGCUUCGCGCGGGCUGGCGAUUGGAGGUCCAGCGUCCAUUGGCUCGAGACGAUGAACUCGAAGCAGAUGGCUGCGGAUGUGCAAUGCUACAACUCGCUGCUUUAUUGCCUCAUGAAACAGAAGCAGCCGGAGCUCGCACAAGAAUACCUUCAGCAGAUGCUCGACUUUGGCUGCGAACCCGAUGAGGUGAGCUUCAAUGCAGUGGUGACCGCCUUACUGGCUGCGGGGAAGAUGGCAGAGGCUGGGAAAGCUUUGAAGCAGAUGGUCACCAUGCAGCUGAUCCCCUCAAGGACUCAUUACAAUCAGCUGAUCCAGCAUCAUUGCAAGAUCGGGGAGGUGUCGAAGGUGCGGCCCGGCGGCAUCACUGGAUGUGCCACUGUGGCCUUGGUGUGCAGCUUCCUCCUGCAAAGAGGCGGAGCCGGCGGAGCAUGGAUUCAACCAGACACCAAGACCCUCACCCGGGUUGGAUGGAGCAGCCCUGCCAUGGGCAGUGGACUGAGAAGUUGGCAGAUGCGAACUGGAGUCGGGUCGACCGUGACCAUGAAAGCAGUCGAGAAGGAGCUUGACACCGAGGCCGUUGGGAAAUAUCUCGCUGCCAUCGCGGUGCAAAUGCUGGCGAUCAGCGCCUUCUUCGCGGCCCUGGAUGCAGUCUUGACGAGUUCCGAGUUUCAACCACCGGAGGACUGGGCUAUCUUUGGACUUUUCUUUGGGAUGAGCAUCAGAUCUCGGCUCUUCUCUCCCUUGGACAACUCUCGUCCCGACAUCGAGAAAGCGGCCAAAGGAGAAGCCACUGGUGGCUUCAACGACCGACAGAUGCCCAGUUGGACGCCUCCGGGCAUUUUCUUUCCCAUCAUGUGGAUCCUCAUUGUGGCCCCACUGCGGGCAGCCGCCUCCAUGAUGCUUUGGCAGCAGGUGGGACAUCUUUGUGAUGGCACAAUCCUAGCCCUGAUGCUGCAUUUGUCCAUUGGAGAUACCUGGAACACUGUGAAUAAUGUGGAGCGCAGACUAGGUGCGGCCGUGCCAGGAGUGUUGUGUGUUUGGGCAUCCGCGUUGUUCGCGAGCUAUGCCUACUAUCAGGUGGUGCCCCUGGCCGGUGAGCUCCUUCUCCCCACCUGUCUUUGGCUCACCGUGGCGGCCGCACUGGUCACCGACACCUGGCGUGUGAACAACAGCAGCGGUUUGGAACCUUUGUUCCCUUACCGCUCGCCAAACGCGACGCCUCCUUCCCUUCCAGAUGUGGUUUCGUACCAACACCUGAUCAAUGCAGCGGCAGCCACGGAAGACGAAGACAGCGUGGACCAGUGGCUUUCUGAGAUGCGGAAUGCAAGUUUGUCACCUGAUGUGAUCACCUACACCAGCCUCAUGGAAAGCCUGGUGAGUCGAGGUGCUGAUGAGCAGGCCAAGAGAUGGUUGCAAACCAUGGUGAACGAAUCAGUGCAACCAAACUUGGUGAUGUUCAACGUCCUGCUCGCCUCCACUGGCAGGCAAGGUGAUUGCAGCAGACAAGAGCAGUGGCUCCAAGAGCUUCGACGACAGCGGCUACAGCCCGACCGCGUCUCCUUCAACACGCUGAUCUUGGGGCAAGUCAGAGCUGGCGAGCUGGAGAGGGCAGAGCAGAGUUUGGAGGAGCUUCGCAAAGCGAGGUGCAGGCCUGACUUGCUCUCCUACAUGCCGCUCCUGGAUGCCUAUGCCAGAACGGGCGACGCCGUGCGGGACUCGUUUCCGCUCGGCCAACGGUUCAGCAGCACGUGGGGGGACCCAAGUGGGGUGAAGACCGAAGCGAAGCUGCGAUGA